AUUUCGCAAUACGGGGAUGUAUAUAAUUAUAAGCAAUAAAAAAUGAGAGUUGUGAAGAUCAUUUGCAGUGUGAUUGCUAAUGAAACAAAAACUGCUUUGCCUGGACUGAUUGAUAUAUAUCACCAGAAUGAAGAGGAGCAAAUUAUUUUGUUCUUGGAUUCUUCUUUUUGUUAUACAAAUAUCAGGCUCCCAUGCAGAAUAUUCAUCCAUAGUAGUUAACGAUUCUACUAACAAUGAAACGAAUCUGCUGAAAAAUGUACUAGUAAAUGUUUUGGAACAAUUUGUGAAAGACCAAGCUAUGAAAAUGGGAUCCAUUCAAGACAAACUUGAUGCAAUGAACGAGAAACUUUUGCAUUGUGGGACUCAACAUUCAAAGCACGCUUCACUAAGACCGAAUUCGAAAAACCGCACAACAAGGAGAAGAAAAUAUCCCAUCACAGGAGCAGCAAGAAAACCAAACAUUGCUUCAACAUCAUCAGUUUCAUCUGAAGGUAGCAGAGGAAAAGAAUUCCUUCUCCUGUUCAUGGCAAACCACUACCAGGUAUCAGGGCCCGUGACAGUUUACAUCACCACAGAAAAUAAUACGUCCGUUAAUAUCUCAACUUCCUCUCAUUUAAGUGGCGGCAUUAAAUCAGCAACGGACAGAAUUAUGAACGUGUCCUCCCAUUCCAGCAUCCAACUUCCUUUCAAUUUAACGUGUGAAUAUUAUACAGUUGAAACCAAGGCCAUUUUGGUGCAGACAUCUGAACUAUCAACCGUAACUAUCUUCGAUAGUUUUUAUAAAACGUCUAACGAUGGAACUCUAAUUAUACCAGCAGAGAAAUUGGCGACGAGAUAUCUUGUUUCGUCAACAAAACCGUAUUAUUCUGGCAGUAAAGACUAUUACAGCCAAUUUGCCGUUGCAGCCAUUCAUGAGAAAACGAAAGUCAAAAUCAAAUUUAGGUUGAAGAGCAAUGCUUCCAUUUCGCUACUUGGAAGAACAUACAGAAAUGAGGAAGUAUUCACAACAUCUUUAAAUGAAUAUGAAACUUUGCAGGUAGGGCAUACUACUGACCUAACAGGAACAUUUAUUAAGUCAUCAAAACCAAUAGCCGUAUUCUCUGGAAAUCGAUGCCAGUACUUAAGGUUCGGUACAUGUAGUCACAUGGUUACUCAGCUACCCCCAAUUACCGAAUUCGAUAACAAAUACAUCGUUCCCCCGUUCUAUGGUAAUUCAGGGACAUUGAUUCAAGUGAUCAGUGAAACUCAGACUUCCAUUGACGUCACAAUCGGGAACGAGGCAUCCACGUGGUAUAUGAAGGAAAAAGAAUUCAGAAAAAGGGAAGUGACAUCAGACGAAAUAACUAUUUUAGAGUCCAAUGGUGCCAUAUUGGUAACUGGUUUCGGAAUGGGUGCCAGUUUUAACGACCCGUACAUGACGGUCAUUCCUGGUGUGCAUCAAUAUAUUGACUACUAUAAGGUGGUUGUCACGGAUGGAUAUACAUAUAACUACAUCUGUGUGAUCAUUCCGAACGAAUUUGCCAAAGAUCUUCAGAUAAAUGGUUCCUCUUUUGAUUAUUACAAAACUGUUCGUCUAAGCUCUGCAGUGUUAGACACAUCCUUCAGUAUUCGUUUAAUAGAAGUUAACAGCGGACCCGUGGAAGUAUCCACAACUAAUAACUCAAAGUUCGGGUUAAUUGUUUACGGUCAUAGGUAUGAUGACGGAUAUGCAUUUGCUGGCAAAGUUAUUCUUUCCUAAUAUAUCUUUUUCAAAACAUUGGUUA